AUGGGUGCAGCGUUUUGCACCGAACAUCCCGGUGUGCAGGCCGAAGGACCCACGUGCGCCUUGUCCUGCAGCGCCCAGCGUGAUAUCGACAAUUUGCAGAACUCUGGAAGCAUGACAAUUGGCUUGACUCAAAAGCCAGUCCAAGUGUCCGACUGCAACGACAUCGAGAAGUUUUGCAAGAAGCAUCGAGGCAAAGCGGGCACAGGGCCAGGCUGCAGCUUCUCCUGCAGCAGCAAGGGUCAGGUCAAAGACUUCCAGCAGACUGAGCCCGAGUCGGAAGAAGUUGACUGCACGCGUAUGGCAGCGUUCUGCCGCAAACAUCCUGGUGUCGAGGGGGUGACAGGCGAGACGAACGGCCAGUUCUGCUCCUUCUCCUGCACUGCCCAGGGGUUUCUUACCGCCCCUAAGGUGUGGGCGGCAUAG